AUGGCCAACUCCGGUAUUCAGCUGUUGGGAUUUUUCCUGUCGCUAAUCGGGAUCGUCGGACUGAUCAUCGGGACUAUCCUGCCGCAGUGGAAGAUGUCGGCGUACAUCGGGGACAACAUCAUCACAGCGGUGGCCAUGUACCAGGGGCUGUGGAUGUCAUGCGCUUUCCAAAGUACCGGACAGCUCCAGUGUAAAAUCUACGACUCCAUCCUGCAGCUCGACAGUUCCCUUCAGGCCACUCGUGCCUUGAUGAUAGUCGGCAUCAUUGUGUCCAUCGCGGGGUUGGGCGUGGCCUGUAUGGGAAUGAAGUGCACCACCUGCGGAGGGAGCGACAAACUACGCAAGUCCCGCGUCGCCAUGACGGGAGGAAUCAUCCUCCUAGUGGGCGGGCUUUGUGCCAUCGUGGCGUGCUCCUGGUUUGCUCAUAAUGUCAUCCGGGCUUUCUAUAAUCCCUACACUCCUGUCAACACCAAAUUCGAGUUUGGCGCGGCCAUCUUCAUCGCGUGGGGCGGCUCCCUCCUAGACGUCCUGGGCGGGGCCAUGUUGGCUGCUUCCUGUCCGAGAAAGAAGCAGGUAUCCAAAUAUCCACCCAUGGCCAGCUCCCGCUCCGGCCCUCCGAGCAGCACGAAGGAAUACGUCUGA